AUGAAAGCGAUCAUUGCGACUGUCUCGGCCGUGAAUGAUCAAUCGAUGAACGAUACGAUCGUAACCGUUUGCAUGAAGGAGGACAAAAACUCGGCAUGCGCCAGUUGCUACAAUGCGAUAGAGGCGGAACAACAUGUGGCCGCCGUCGGUCAGCUGUGGCAUGCAGAGUGCUUCAGGUGUUCCGUUUGCGAUGUACGACUGUCGAGUUGGUAUUUCGAGAAGGAUGGCCUAUUGUUUUGCCGGGAGGAUCAUUGGGCAAAGUACGGCGAUUGUUGUCAGCAGUGCUCGCAGAUAAUCUCUGGCCCUGUGAUGGUCGCCGGCGAUCACAAGUACCAUCCGGAGUGCUUUCGAUGUGAGGAGUGCAAAAUUUUCAUCGGAGAAGCUGAAACGUACGCACUCUUGGAACGCUCGAAGUUGUUUUGUGGUUCCUGUUACAAACACCAGCAGCAUUCGUUGAUGGUUUCACAGCGAAGCACCGGCCGUACGACCGGCAUAUCCGGAACGGUGCCAUCGGAGAAAUCGCCAAAAUCGCCGCACUCCAUUCGUUUGAUAGAAAUUCCGUGGACUGGCACAAGAGCCGAUCGCAUCCGCCUGACGGCUUCCGAUGAGAAACUAUUCGGUGUACCCGUUGGCAAGGGCACCCCGACCGGCAGCUGCAAGAGCGUUCGGAUCUCGGAACUAUUUUGUACGGCUUACGGUCAGAUCGGAAAGUACAUUUUCGCGUGCAUUAACUCUGCGCUGGAGUCGUGCUGUGGUUUGCUUCACUUUAGGGUAACGCUCAAUACGGACUUAAUGCCUUUGCGGGUCGGAGACAAGGUGCUAGAGGUGAACGGUACGCCAGUUCGUGAUGUUCCGUUGGAAAAUCUGCAGAACAUGAUCGAAACCUCGGGUAAAGUGCUUCAGUUGACGGUGGAACACGAUCCACAUCUGCUCGAGGAGCAUCGACUGGCCGGUGGCUGUUGUACCGAUGCUAGCAGGACCACGCUCGCUAUGAACAACAACGAACAGGAAGAAGACGACGACGAGCAACCGGAGGGUGCGUCAAGUCGAAGUUUAUCGCCGAGCAAACUGGAGCGCAUUUUCCGGAAAAAGGACGAAGGCUACAUGAGUGGGUCGUCGCGUAAGAUGCAGAAACGGCUGAAGGACGUCAACUGCAACACUCCUACCAAUAGCCUGAAGGAAAAGGAACGUAGCUCCAGCAUGUCACGGCUGUUGGACGAACACCGAACUGUGGCCGCCGGUGGCGAGUUUUAUGACCUCUCGCGCACGAAAUCGUUUCGCGUCGAACCGAAGGCGGCCCGCAUCUUCCGUGCGUCCGAUCUGGUGCAAGGAGAGCUGCUGGGCAAGGGUUUUUUUGGCCAGGUGUUCAAGGUAACGCACCGGGUCACACAGGAAGUGAUGGUGCUGAAGGAACUGUAUCGCGUCGAUGAGGAAGCGCAGAAGAACUUCCUCAAAGAGGUGGCCGUACUGCGGUCGCUGUCACACAACAACGUGCUGCGUUUCAUCGGUGUGCUGUACAAAGACAAGAAGCUUCACCUCGUGACCGAGUUCAUUCCGGGCGGUUCGCUGAAGGAACUGAUCCACGAUUCGGGUCUGCCGCUCAGCUGGCAGCAGCGAAUAUCGUUUGCGCGGGACAUUUCGCGCGGUAUGAGCUACCUGCAUUCGAUGAACAUCAUCCACCGGGACCUGAACUCACUCAAUUGUCUCGUGCGCGACGAUAGGACGGUGAUAGUGGCUGACUUUGGGUUAGCCCGAAUCAUCAAGCAGCCUUUUAGCGCAGCAUUCGAAAAGUGUUCAUCGACACCAAAUGGGGGAACUGGCACGAUUGGGCGUCGCGGGCGUCCUCGUCGCCAACGGUACACGGUCGUGGGCAACCCCUAUUGGAUGGCACCGGAAAUGAUGCGGGGCAACAAGUACGACGAGAAGGUGGACAUCUUUUCGUUCGGCAUUAUGCUGUGUGAGAUCAUCGGCAGGGUGCAGGCCGACCCGGAUUACUUGCCACGGCUCCCGGACUUUGGGCUAAACCAGGUGGUGUUUCGGGAAAAGUUUUGUGGCCACUGCCCGGAACCGUUCUAUCGGAUUGCGUUUUUGUGCUGUGAUUUGAACCCGGACAAAAGACCACCGUUCCAUGUGCUGGAAGUUUGGCUGGAGACGAUGGCAACGGUAGCCGCCAUUGGGAAACCGUUGCCACCUGGCAUAGUGCACGAAAUCGAACACUUCAAGGGUCAACAGCGCAGUGCGGACUCGAGCCUUUGCACAACGCCCGAUGGACUGGUCACACCCCCACCAUCGUCCGGAGGAAGCCUGAAACCAUCCCUUAGCCGGAAGCGUAUCUGCGAAGGUCCCGAAGAUGAACGUGUCGUGCAGUGCAAGGUAUUCGACGUGGUGGAUGGUGGUGCCUGCGUUGUUGAAACAGAUAAACGUUGUGACUGUCCAACUGGUGGUGGUUACCUUGAGGAUCAGCAGAAGCAAACAAAGGUUGAAACCGUCCCAAUGGCGAACGGUGUGAGUGCGAGCAACGGUUUCGUCGUCGUUGAUUGCAGUGAAAUACCAAAAUCGCCACACUUGGGCAAAGACUUUUCGGCGAACGGUGACCGCAUUCGGGACAGUAUUCGGGCAAAGCGUCGCCAGCGAAUGAUGCUAAGCCGUGAGAAUCAACGAAAGUCGCUCGAUUCCAGUGUACUGGCAGCGCGGCUCAUAGGAAGCGACCAGUUGGUGGGUGAUUUUAUGCUCGAUGGCACCGAUGGAAGUGCGUCAGAGCCGAUCAGUUUAAUAAUGACGGCCGGCCAGCUAGCACCGGAAGCUGCUGGAGGCACCUCCACCAGUCCCCGUGAUCGGCUGUCGACGGAUGAGGUGCUGGCAUCGGUGAAGGACACACUGGAGCGAAAUGGAUCAUUACUCGAGCGCCGCGGAGAGGAAUGCUCUGCAGCCUCUGCGAAGACAAAACAUUAUGGCGAAAAGGGUUUCAUUAUACACGUGAAGAAUGGCCAUCUGACGCUAAACAAUGUUCGCGAUCUGGAAAAUUGUUCGGACUUUGACUCGAGCUGCGAUACGAGCCUAAACUAUCUGGAAGUUAACGGCAAUCGGGAGGAUGCUCUGGUGUUGGACAAGCUGAGUGAACCUAUCGGCUCUGCUUCGGAAGCUUACUCCGUGUCGCCGUUCAAGGCGAUGAUGAAUGGCAAUUUCGCCUCCAAUACCGGACCGUGGUUGGGAGCGGAUCGCACAGCUUGGGAAAAAGAAAAUAUUGGCCACGGAAGUGUGACGAGUGAGGAGGGCAAAUUUGUUGCACCUCAAGCAAAGCCUACAUCGCCUCUGGCGGUAAUCCCUCCCGAGCGUAACAGUUCUGCCGAUUGUGGCGCCACUGCAACGAAGUCUCCAACGCCCGUGUCCGCCAAGGUCGUUGAGCGUAAGAAUGCCUCGAGUACCCAGAAAACCGUCCAGUGCGUUGUACGCAAACUGUUUCGUGCCACCGAACCAUCGCCCAAUCGGUCGCCAAUGACAAGCGUGAAGCGUAAUCACGAUACCCGGGUUACGCAGGAAGGCGAAGGCACGAUAACGACCCGGGUUGUCGGUCCUAGAGCACCUGCUGCUGCUUCGUCUUCUGACCGGGCCACGUUGUUUGUGACGAAGCAGAAAAUCUCGCCAACGUCCGAUCCGGAACCGCAGCCUAGUUUUGGGUCCGGAACCGCGCCGGUCGCCACGUAUCGAGUGAAGAUGCCGCCGGUGAAGUCUCCUGUUGGCGGUGCGACUCACGUCGUCAUGACGCAUGGUUCUUCGAGCGGCGGUGGAGCAGCUCAUCCGAUGCAAUCACUGUUCACGUACAAAUCGAAACCAAAUGAAAUGCCGCACGGUGGCAGUGGCCAUAGCAAUAGUUCUAGAUUUAAUGGUGUCUCGGAACGCAAAAGAGACGAUGGUACGAUUGGAAAAGGUGAAGCGGUGGUUUUGGUCGGAGGUGGAAAGGUAGCCGGUGGAGUCCCGGCCAUGGUUGCAUCUGCAAAAAAACCACCAAUUAGCAAUAGCACUGCUUCUGGUGGGACAGUGUCUGGGGGGAAUAUACUUCGGUUUGGCAAAAGCCGAACCUACAAACCGGUCACGACAACCGUGGGUGCUUCCAGUAAACAACUGGCCGGUGGGAACACUGGGGCGGGAAAUGAACGGUACACCACGCUUCUAUCGCCAACAGUGAGCAGUGGUAGUAAUUCGCGCACCGGUUCACCUUCACCACCCGCCCCGGCUGGUGGAAAGAGCGUUCAAAGUGGAUCAACUCCGGGAAGACGUCACAUUGGCAUACUUUCUCCGGCCAGCAUCCGUCGAUUGAAUGCCCGGCUGCUGGAGGCUCGUAAAACCAAAACGACGUCACCGGUAGCAUCACCGACCACCGGUGAAGCACCGGUGAAAUCUAUGUCCAUCUCCCGUAGCGGUACUGGCAAGAGGCCGGGUUUUGCUCGAAAGGUACCUUCGGCCGAUGUGCCAGGUGGUGUCUCGAACGGAACGCUACUGAGCGCCGUUAAUGAUACACGUGAUCGAAAGAUCUUUCUAUCGACGCCUUUAAAGUAA